AACCCGCAGCUCUGCAGCAUCCCCCACAGAUGAUAAUAACAAGAAGGAGCUGUCAUUUUCGCAUCAAACAAUAAAUCAGGGCGUAACGAUUUCUUUCUAUUUAGUGAAUAAGAUUCGUAUUUCAGUAUUGUGUAAGUUAAUAAAAUGAAUACACUCGACAAACAAUUAGCGGAUCUACGAAUAUAUGCGAAUGAAUUGGAAGCAAAACUUCAAGAUGAUAUUAACGCGGCUAUGAAAAAACCUUCAAUUCCACCCAAAAAAAAUAAGGCUCCUCUGCCUCAAAUACCUCAAAGUUGUAUGGUGAAGUCUGCCUGCGAACCGUCCUAUUCAUCUAGACUAGAAUAUGGUAGCCGCACUAGUUCUACAUACUCAAACUUGGUCCCUGUAAAGAGCUGCAUCGUGCGGAACACAGCUAGAGUACGCAGUGGUGAUGUUUUGCUAUACAGCAAUGUCUUGCCUCCUGGAGGCACCAACCAUGUCUACUCCAAUGUUAUGAUGCAGCGCAAUGCCUACGGCGGUGACAGUAUUUACGGUGAUCGUGAUACUAGAUCAGAGGUAUCUAGAAUUAGCGAUUUAGGUGCACAGUCCAAUUACAGUGAGUUGCGGCGACCCGGCUCCGCAUAUCCUCCAUCUUCCGCGUCUGUUAAUGCUCAGGAUUUCUCUACAUACGGAGGAUCUCAGACAUCAUCUACUUAUGAAUCUCUGUAUGAGCCCAUAAAUCCUAGACCAUGCAGUCAGCUGUCUGGCACGUCUCUGUAUGGCGGUUAUGUAGGUGCACCAGUCGAGCCUACUCCAGAACCUGAUGAUGCACUGUAUUGUGGUAACUGCUACAAAUGCGGAGAGAAGAUCAUGGGUGAAACAACUGGCUGUACUGCUAUGGAAAGGAUCUAUCAUAUUAAAUGUUUCUGCUGUCAGCAAUGUGGAAUUAACUUACAAGGUCGCCCCUUCUAUGCAGUGCAAGGGCGAGCAUUGUGUGAAAGGGACUACUUGGAUACUUUAGAGAAAUGUUGUGUAUGUGGCGAUCCUAUCCUGGACCGCAUCCUGCGGGCGACAGGCAAACCUUACCACCCCCGUUGCUUCACUUGUGUAGUCUGUCAGAAGAGUCUUGAUGGAAUACCAUUUACAGUAGACGCAGUCAACCGUAUACACUGUAUUGAGGAUUUUCAUAAAAGAUAUGCACCACGUUGCGCGCGUUGCCGUGAGCCGAUCGUUCCUGAGAGCGGCGCUGAGGAAACCGUUCGCAUCGUAGCCUUAGAUAAGAGCUUCCAUGUCGCGUGCUAUGCCUGCGAGGACUGUGGGACCUCACUUUGCUCUAGGCAGGAGGGCCGUGGCUGCUACCCUCUCGACGAUCAUCUCUACUGCAGAGAGUGCAACGCUCGCCGCAUACAGGAUCUCUCUAGGAAUAUUAACUAACUAUUACCCUGUAGUCUUGCGGGAAUCGUGUCUAUGUACUCAAUCAAUACGCUUAACUUGCGUUUUUUAACUUUCGUGACGUAAAAAUAUUUAGUAUCAUGCUACAUUUUUGCAUUUUAUCCAUUUCUAAUAUAAUUGUAGUAAAUGGAAUACAUACUUGUAAUUGUUUUAGUUACGGUCGAUGUAAAAAUCAAGUAUUAAUAAGAUACACCUCGCGCUGUUUUGAUUGCAAUUACAUCGCUUAGAAAGUAAUUAAGUUAAGCCUUCUUCAUGUUUUAGUUCAUUUGUAUAUAAUUUAUAGGCGAUAAACUUAAAUGUGUAAGGAGUUAAGAGUAGGUGAAUAAUGUUGACUUAACAUUCCAUAUUGCAUUUAUUUGAAAUGUUGAAGGCUGUGUAGCUGUAACCAUUCAUGAUUAUUAUACAGUAUUAUAAUGUUAAUUAGCGAUUUUGUGAUUAUAAUUUAGAUUAUUGUGUAAGUAGGUGCAAACAAGACACACAACCUAAGUUCUUAUUAUAUUAAUGCUUUGUGCAUACUUGCUGAGUAGGCAAAUACAGUGAAGCACAUUCCAUAUUCAUGGGUGCAAGUGUGUGCAGGGCUAUAUAAAUAGUGCCAUGUUUAUUAUGUACAGUAUUGUUAGGUUGCGUCAUUUGCUCGGUUAUAAAACAGAGUAACUUGUUUGAAGAUUUCGUGACUUAUGCAUUUGCAGUGUACUUAAUUAGUGAUAGUUGAUGAAGAAACGAUGGCAUGUGCAUAGGUAAUAAUUACUUAUCAAUCUCCAAGGAAAAUGAGAGGUAAGACCAGUGGGAAUCUCGUUAAAAGAAAAUCUCGGCCCUAAGCAAUUCUAUUACUUUGACUAUAAAAC